AUGUUCAAGUUCUGCCCCGAGUGUGGCGUCAAGUCGACGGCCGCGGGCUCCAAGUUCUGCUCCGAGUGCGGCUUCCGGUACGAGGCGCCCGGCGGGCUGCCCCCGGCGGCGCCGGCCAAGAUGCUCGACAGCAGCUUCCAGCCGCCGCCGCCGCCGCCGCCCAUGGCCAUGCCCGUCUACAGCGACAUCCCGCAGGCGCGUGUGGUCAGCAUCGUCGUGCCCGCAGCUGCGACCGGCGCCGAGGCCCAAGCGCUCUACGGUCAGUGCCUGGACACGAUCCGCAGUGCGAAGGGCGGCAACAACGAGGCCGGCGUCCGCGCCUUCAAGGACAACUGCCGCGCGUACGGUCUCGGCGAGAUGAACGCACCUGCGUUCCAUAGCUCGCUCGUGAACGAACUCGGCGGCUCCACGACGUCGGCGUUUCUGCCGCAGCUCGUACGUCUCAUUCCGGACGAAGGCAAGCGCCGGGCGCUGCUCGAGUACGACCAGCAGACGCUCGGCGGCGACCGCGACUCGCUCUUCGGGGCGCCCGCGUCCAACAACUCGAUCUCGUCGCGCUCGAGCUGGGAGAGCAACCCGGACACGGCGCAAUUCUCCAACUCGAAAGUAAACCCGAAUGCCAAGCCGGGCAUGCUCAACAGCCGCUACGCCGACCACCCGAACUGCGAUAUCUGCAACGUCACGUUCACUGUGACGAACCGCCGGCACCAAUGCCGCUCGUGUGGGCUCUUUGUGUGCAACUCGUGCUCGCCCAUGAAGCUGCUCAUCCCCAUGGGCCAGCAGAUCCCGGGGGCGAAAGGCUACUCUGUGAGCGAGCCCCAGCGUGCGUGCAUUCAAUGUGCGCCGCGCUUGCACCCGCUCCAGGACGAACUGAUUCAGCAGUAUGGCAGCUUCCAAAAGGACAACGAGCACAAGGCAGCCUUCCGCAUCCAUGCUCCGUACAGCUCCAACCUCGAGAAGGAGUGCCGCAACGCCGCCGACAUUAUCGGUAACUUUUUCCGCAACGAGUGGGGCGCCGACCAAGACCGCCGCAUUCCCGUGACCUUUCUGGAAAAGGCGCAAGGUCUCGCGAUCAUGACGGUUCUCCGCGUUGGCUUUCUUGUUUCGGGCUCGGCGGGCACGGGACUUGUCGUGAGCCGCCUCCCAAACGGGCAGUGGAGCGCGCCAUCGGCCAUUGGCACCGUCGGUCUCUCGGGCGGCUUUGAGAUUGGUGGCGAGCUCGCCGAAAUCAUGAUCAUUCUUGGCUCGCAAGGCGCUGUCAAGGUCUUUGAGAAGCCGCAAGUCAACGUGGGGCGGCGGCCGCCGCCGCCCCGCGGCUUGUACGCGGGGAUUUCGCUCACGGGCACCAUCAUUGCGGCGCGCAAGGAUCUCAACACCAAGUUUUACGGCCGCGAAGUCGAGCCCGAGCUCAUCUUGAACGGCACGGUCGAGCAACCGAACGCGGCACGCCCGUUGUACGAGGCGCUGGAGCGAGCCAUGCAAGGUGUUGAAGAGCACAAGAUGCAAGAUGCGCGGCGGUCGGAGAUUAUGGGGAGCUGCCGGUCGUGCGGCUGCCCACGGUUUGUGCCGCACACGGCCCAAGUCUGGAACAAGAACUGCAAAACGUGCAAGCACAUUCAUUAA